CUGAAACUUGAAGAUCGAUCCAUCGUCAUCAGAGAUAUCGUGCGACGAAACAACUCAAAUGAUAACCAGUGUGGUAUUGUGACCAACAUUGACAUCGAGUGUGCGGUGAAACUGGUGGGAACAAACUGUGUUCUAUAUCCAGUGAACAGCAGAGACCUGCAGCACAUCUGGUCUUUUAUGUAUGGAGAUUACAUCGCCUACGACUUCUGGCUGGGGAAAGUGUACGACCUGACUAAUCACAUCAUCCUCAAGCUCUCCAACGGAGCAAGGUGCUCCAUGAGUGUGGAGGACGGAGCGAAGCUUUACGACGUCUGUCCACAUGUCAGUGACUCG